UAUAUAAUCGAUCUGUAGUCUGAAAGUGUGGGGCUUUGGGAGGAUAAAGAAAUGGUGGAUGUUGAAAUAGUUUGUUGUAUGUGUGGUGACGUUGGCUUCCCUGAUAAGAUUUUCCGAUGUAUCAACUGCCACAACCGCUUCCAACACUCGUAUUGUAGCAACUACUACAACGAAUCAUCGGAUCCGCCGGAGAUCUGUGAUUGGUGCCAAACCGACGAGAUUCGAAGCUCCAAACAUGGCGGUUCUUCCAAGAAACCUGCCGGAGUGAGCAGCAGCCGGUCUGAGUAUUCCGGUGACAAGAUGAUCAAGCAACAUGACCGUGAAGAGGGACCGGAAAAAGGGAAGUCGUCCACCGGAGCUCCUUCUCCUAGGACUACUCGAAGGUACAAGCUACUUAAGGAUGUCAUGUGCUAGAAAUAAAGAAAAUUAAUAUUUUGUAUAAAUCUAAACAAAAAAUGACAAAAAAAUAAAAUAGUGUGCCAAAUAUAAGGCUUUUUGUUCCUUGUAUUAUACUAUAUUUUAUAAUUUGUGGUGUUGGAAU